CCUCGCCUGCACCAGCAAUGGAUCCAGCCACCAAACUGAGUUUCGACUCGCCGCUCCUCCGCGUGUACGAGGACGGCCGAGUGGAGCGGCUCUUCGGCACGGAGACCACCCCAGCGGGCUUCGACGCGGCCACCGGCGUCACCUCCAAGGACGUCGUCCUCGACGGCACCAUCGGCGUCUUCGCCCGCCUCUACAUCCCAGCGGACCUGCUGCCUGGCUCAAACACCGAGCCCAAGAAACUUCCGAUCCUCGUCUAUUUCCACGGCGGUGGCCUGGUGCUCGAGUCGGCGUCCUCUCCGACGUACCACAGGUACCUCAACCUCCUCGUCUCCAAGGCCGGCGUUCUUGCUGUGUCGGUCAACUACCGCCUUGUGCCGGAGCACCCGAUUCCCGCGGCCUACAACGGUGCCUGGAUGGCGUUCAGGUGGGCUGCGUUGAGGGACGAUCCGUGGCUGUCGGAGCACGGCGACGCUGGUAGAAUCUUCCUGGCUGGCGACAGCGGCGGCGCGAACAUCGUUCACAACAUGGCGAUGAUGGCCGGCACCCAGGACGGUUUGCCCCCAGGGGUAGUGCUGGAGGGCGCGAUCGUGCUUCACCCCAUGUUCGGAGGCAAGGAACCAGUCGACAGCGAGGCCAUGUACACUAGAGAGAUAAUGGGGAAGCUUUGGCCUCUGAUAUGUCCGGACAGCGCGGAAGGGUUGGACGACCCGAGGCUGAACCCGAUGGCUCGUGGAGCGCCGAGCCUGCAGAAGCUGGCGUGCCGGAAGCUACUCAUCUGUUCGACGGAUCUUGACUACGCAUGGCCAAGGGCGGCGACGUACUGUGAGGCCGUGAAGGCGAGCGGGUGGCGCGGCACGGUGGAGUGGAUGGAGUCCGUGGGAGAGGAGCAUGUGUUCUUCAUCAAUAAGCCGGAGUGCGAUGAGUCUCUGAAGCUGAUGGACCGGGUGGUCGCCUUCCUCGCCGGCAAUUGAUUCAGAGGAGAUUCAUGUGCUCAGUGUAUUUUUCAUUUGCAUAUCUUGUCUCGUUCGUGU